AUGGAGUCACUUGAAACUACUGCAGGGGUGAAAAGCUCCACUGACGGUCAGGAUAGAAAUGUUGUUGCACAGAAAAAAAACAGCUCAGAGGCAGCACAGGCAGUCGAAGUGGAAACUAAAGGAUGGCAUCAACAACUGCAGGAAGGUCAGAGCAGAGGCUCGUGUGGUGACUCAGGGAAAUCACUGCAAUUAGAAGAUCAGCACUCCCAAACUCAAGACUAUGAGGCGUAUUCACUACAGUCCACAAAAGCGUUUCCCAUCGGCAAACAGAGAGCUGCAGGUCACUCGGCACAGUCACCAGGCCCUGCAUCCCAUCGGAAGUCCACCAGUUCUCCUGAAGUCCAGCAACAGUGUUUACAUUCAGGGAUGGACCCGCUGUCGGAGGCGAAGGUGGAGCAGAAACCACAAAAGCCUGGAAAGUACGUUUGUGAUUACUGUGGAAGGGCAUGUGCCAAACCCAGCGUGCUUAAGAAGCACAUUCGCUCACACACUGGAGAACGGCCCUAUCCGUGCGUCCCCUGCGGAUUCUCCUUCAAAACUAAGAGUAAUUUAUACAAACACAGAAAGUCCCACGCUCACGCGGUCAAAGCUGGGACGCUCUCAGAUCUCGGUUCUUACAACGCCAACGCCGACCAGGGGUCUUUUGAAGGAGAAGGAGAGUUAUUCUCUGAUGCUGAGCAAAGCACGGACACGGACGAGGACACUCUCAGCGACCCGCUGCUGCUAUUGGACUCUCCAGCGGAGGGAUCGGAUAACACUGCUGUAAAAGUACUCAAUCUCAUUGCUCAGAAAAAGGGAGCUCAGGAUGGAGCAUCCCAGCAGCCCCAAGAAAUCAAUGCACCUCCCGCCGCUGUCACCGAGGCUAGCCGUGCAAUUCAAUCCAGCACAAUCAAACAGAGGCUUGCACUCCGGCUGUCUGAGAAAAGAAGCAGCGACUCGGAAAACAAUCUGUCGCUCCCGAGUCAGUCCAGCAAGGGCAGCACGGACUCCGGAUACUUCUCGCGUUCCGAGAGCACCGAGCACCAGGCCGGUCCUCCAAACACAAACGCAAAGUCCUAUCAAGAGAUUAUGUUCGGGAAGUGCUACAGACCGAGCCCCAAGCAGACGGCAGCUUGCAGCAAAGACGCAGAUAGACCCUUGGAGAAAGGCGUGUCCCGCGUUUUCACCCAGGAAAAAGAAACCGUUGAGUCAAUCAAAAUAAACACAAAGUCAUGCACAAGGGAAGAGGUCAAGGAGCCGCAGUCGGACGCUGACGUGGCGACUCUGAUGAGAAGCAAUUCGAUGCCAACAUCCUCGGCCGUGUGUCUAAAUAUGCCUCCAGCCCUCAGAGGCAGCCACUCGUUUGAUGAGCGGACGAGCACCGGCGGCAUGAGGAGACUCAGGCGGCAAGCUGCUUUCGAACACUCGGCACAUGAUGGCCACGCAGACGCAGAGGGCGGCCAGGGGAAAAUGAGCGAGAGUGGCGUUUCACCCUCAGGAUUGGAAAUGGAAAAUUACCCCUCAGUGGCGUCUAGUAUGAGCCAUCAGGGACACGCGAUGGAGCUGGCAACGCGGAAGCGUCGGAAAGAGAAGCGGGAAGAGGAAGAUUUGUCGUGUCAGUAUGAGGGUCAUCAUGAAGAGUGUGAGGAAAUGUUUGACUCCAGUAAGGACUAUGAUUUAAAACAAGCUGCUGCGGGCAUCCUGGCAUUAGGAAAAGGACAUCUGCAGAUGGACAUGGAAGUAUCAGUGAGUCCUGAUAUGUCCUGUCGUAAAACUUUGGGGAAUGUAAUUUCUGUUAUCCAACACACAAACUCACUAAACAGGCCUCACUCCGAACCGUCAGACUCAUACAAGUAUCAUGGGCAGAGACCGGAAAGUAUUUCAUUUCAAGCUAUGGAGGCGAGUGAAUCAUUUGAGUUGGAAAGGAGCGAUCAGUCGUUUCAAAUGGGCCCCAAACUUGUGCGGCAGCCCAACAUACAAGUCCCAGAAAUCAGGGUCACGGUGGAGCCUGACAGCCCCGAAAAAGCUCCCGAGGUGCAGGUGAAGGAGCCAGAGAAGCACGUGGAGGAGUUUCAGUGGCCUCAACGGAGUGAAACUUUAGCACAAUUCCCUCCAGAAAAGCUCCCUCCGAAGAAGAAAAGGCUACGCUUGGCUGAUAUCGAGCAUUCCUCCGGUGAAUCUAGUUUUGAGUCUGCGUGCACGAGUCUCUCCCGCAGCCCGAGCCAAGACAGCAACUUAUCUUACUGCUCCACCUUCUCCUUUGAUAGGGAGGAAGGUUUGAAGUCUCCGGCCAGGCAGGAUGAAUUUGGCAAACCACUUGAGCUCUUGGCAGUGCCAGGGAGCGUGCACUCCCUCUCGGUGCUCAACCAGCGGCAACAACAUGAAAUGAGACGAUCCUCCUCUGAGCAGGCACCAUGUAACCUUCGCAAGGAGUUCCCAGAGGCACGCAGCAUAUCGUUUGACUAUGGCAGCCUUUCUCCGACAUCUAAACUUAGACACGUGGACAUCGGCUCUAGGGAGAGAAGGAGGGGGAACCUGGUGCGGCAGGAGUCGUUGAAUAUGGAAACUGAGCACCUCAGCAGCACCUCCCACCCUUACACCGCAGUCCUCCCGCAGACCAUGCCAAUAUUCUCCACUGGGAACACGUUUCCCCAGCUGUCACAUCCAAGCCUUUUAGUUCCUGUGAGGAUACAGACUCAUGUGCCAUCCUACGGCAGCAUCACAUACACUUCAGUAUCACAGAUUUGCGACAAUCAGUACGACAGCUCCACUACGUCCGCCUCUCAGAAUCAGAUUUCACGUGUAUCCAGACAGCCUUCGACGCUCGAUGUGGAAGCCCUUGAUUUGUCGUCAGCUAAGUUGAAGACGGGCAUCCCUCUCUCUCUGACCUCCAGAACUAUCUCCACCACUAACGCCUCUAGUGGCGGCACCAACAAACGAAUGCUGUCCCCUGCCAGCAGCAUGGACCUAUUCAUGGAGGUCAAGCAGCAGAAACGCGUGAAAGAGGAGAGGAUGUUUGGGCAGAUAGUCGAGGAGCUGGGUGCCGUGGAGUUGGGUAAAUGUUAUUUGAGUGAGGAGAAGGGACUUGCGUCCACACCUCAUGCUCAGGACGAGUCACGCAGGAGUACAUUUAUUACGUUGUCCACUGACCGUGGUGUCGAGUCAGCAAUGGAAAGCAGCUCUCUUCCCUUCAUGAAAGACGACGGCGGGGAGGAACGAGUUGAUCUGGUGGAACAGUCCAGUUACGGCAUCGCCAUUUCAGACGCCGAGCGUUCGAGACCGUUUCCGAGUCUUCGCACGACGACGGGAGUGAGCUGGUGUUAUCUGAACUACACCAAGCCGAGCUGCUCCCACAGCACCGCCCCGUUCUCCUCCGUGUACGCCUCCUGGUGCGUGAGCUCCCACAACCCGAACCCUCUGGAGCUGAGCACCAGUACUGCUCUGGCUCAGCUGCGGUCCAAACAGAGAGGGGACAAGGUUAUUUACAGCGUUGCCGCCAUGUGUCAGCCGGGCACGGGGAAACUGGUGUCAUCGCUCAUCCUGUGGAGGCACACCGCGGAGCAGCUGCAGAGGAAACCCGAGCCCAAAGAGGUGGACAUCAGCUACGGGAAGAAGGUGAAAGACAUCAGCUGCAGAGUGAAAAGUGCCAAAGAGGAGUGGAAAGAGCGGGAGGCCUGCACCACGCAGACGCUGCCAACACGCAUCAAGAUCUUCGAGGGAGGGUACAAGUCCAAUGAAGACUACGUGUACGUGAGAGGUCGCGGCCGGGGGAAGUACAUCUGUGAGGAGUGUGGGAUUCGCUGCAAGAAGCCGAGCAUGCUGAAAAAACACAUCCGGACGCACACUGACGUGAGGCCGUACGUCUGCAGGGUCUGCAACUUUGCCUUUAAAACAAAAGGAAACCUGACUAAACAUAUGAAGUCAAAGGCUCACAUGAAGAAAUGUCUUGAGCUGGGAGUGUCAGUGACGAUGGACGAUGCAGAGAUACAGGAACACGCGGACGAGUCCAAGGCGGCGGUCACGAGCAAACACCAGUUCUCCGACGCGGAGGACUCUGACGGCAUGGACGAAGACGUUGACGAAAUCGACGAAGAAGACGACGAGGACGAUGAGUACGAGGGCGACUCUACGCCAAAGUUGCGUUCGAGAAGCACGAGUCCUCAGCCGUGUGGAGUCACGUCUCUGUCAGUCACAGCCAGCGCCACCAUCCACGGCUACUCCCUCACGUCUGUGCCCGGCGCUGACGUCCGCCCCUCCGGCAGGCGGGCGGUGCUCGCGACCGAUCAGAGGGAGAAGUCGAUGGAUGAAGACUCUCUGACGAUGCUGUCCCCAGACCAGGCCAGCUUCCUGUUUGACCCCUACUCCUCCUGUCUUCUCUCUCCUGGGUGGGAGUCUCCCAUCAGGGAGCCGUCACCUUCACGUCUGCGCUACCCGUCCCCGAGGCGAGAGCUCUCGCCGCGAGGCCGCUCCUCCCCCAGGUGGGACACCUCCCCGUUGAGGCCGAGCUCGCCCAGCUUCACGCCCAUUCAGCGCCUCUCCCCUGGCUCCAUUGAGCGUCCCGUGUCUCCGGGAGCGGAGCUGGCUGGGAAGCGAGAGUCGUCGGUGAGAGGCCGGCAGCGCGUCGUGCUGAGGGCGGUCUCACCACGAAGAGGAUCACACCAACACAGAGGCAGCGGAGACAAAACCAGACACCAGGCAAAGAUGGAGAUGGCUCAACAACCAGGAGCCUUUGACAUGGAGAUGGAUCAGAGGAGCAGCUUGUCUCUCAGUCUGCCGGCCGCUGCCAGCUCUCAUCCCCAGAACAUCCUCAGCCACCUCCCUCUUCACUCCCAGCAGCAGACACACACGUUGCUCCCCAUCGUUCCAGUCGGAGGCCUCCAGAUGUCUCACUCCCCGCCGCCGCCUUCUUCCGUCACCGACGUCCCCGCGUCCUCGGCUCCCAGCCCCCCGAGCAGCGAGGGGUCUGUCCACGGGCUGGAGUCUGGAGGAGAAGACGUCGGAGGGCAGCUGUCCGCCCAUCAUCUGGAGACGAGCCUCGAGCCUGGGGACGGCAGGCAGGAGGAGAACGUCCAGACCUGCCUGAACGCCAUCGCCUCGUUGAAGAUAACCACGGAGGAGCCUCGCUGAAGAACUUCUCGUGACCUCGUCGUUCUCCAUGAGAGGCUACAUAAUGACACGUCCUCUGGUUUUGCACAUAGCUCCUUUUAAAGUGGAGAUUAAAACCUUCACGUGAAGCAGAAACCCUGACAUGACUGGACGGAGGAUCGUUGUUGGGCGCAGGUGCAAUAUGGAAAGAUAUUAUGCUAAUAUGCCUUUGUUUGACAUAGUAGUUUGCGUACAAUUGCACAUAAAUUAUAUUUAUGGAUUCUGUACAAAUAAACAUAAGUAUACUCCUUCUUAGACGCACAGUGUAUUUUACUGUAUGUGUACUUUGAGACUGUUGUUUAAUGUAUAUCAAGGUGUGAUGCAGUAGUGCAGUAAAGACUAUUUAUAAGAGGAAUAUUAUCAAACAGUCUGACCAAAUUUGAAGUAGACGCUUGUUGUGCAGUUUGGUGCUUCUGAUCAAGCAGCGAGGGUCUGUGCCUUUAUAUCUCUUUCUCUGUUGAUGUCCAGCUCCGACUUUAUUCACAAGCUUUUUCUUUCUUGUGCCGUCGCUUCUGCUGAAGACGGUUUGCAGCUUGAUUUACGUGAAACAAUCUUAAAAAAAACGUUUCUUAUGUUGCAUUUUUCUAAAUGUUGUGGUUUUUAUCUUGGUAAAGAUGCAUGGGAUUUGCUAUUGCACAAAACUAGAGGAAGUUAAUAUGUAAUUACGAAUACUGUAAGAUGUAUUUAUAUAUUAGAACGUGAGCACUUAUUGAUACUGGUAAAUAUUUGACUACUAUUUAUAUGGUAUAUCUGUACUUAUGCAGCAGUGAUGCAGUUAUGCAGUGAGUCUUUGCUUUGAUUAAACAGCGUUUUUCUCGCUCUCUUACACACAAGACCAGAAGCAUUUUAUGAGUUGAACCGACCCGGUCGGUGAAGAUAAGGGAGUAAAACAUGUUUGUGGUUUUUUAAAAACAUUCCAGUUUCUUUUCUCAUUUGUGAAACAUGUUGCACACGACGGGGGCGACCAGUCGACGGGCUGCUUUUAACUGGAAAUCAAUAUCACUUUACUGUAAGUGAAACUAAAGUACUGAGUUGGUUCACUUUUACUAUUCUUCAGAUGCAUUACUUCUUCUCUGUAUAUAAAGGUGUAUUUUCAUGAUUUAAACCGUCUGUGGAUGGUUUAAAUCUCUCUAAGAGGUAAAAGCUCGGCAGGCGUCGAUGCUACCUGAUGGAUGAUAGAAUCAGAAAACACUUUGUUCACUCAUGUUUACAUACAAUAAUUUAAAAAGGUGCACUGCUUUCAUUUCUCCCUCUCUGAACAUGUAUGUAGCUUUGAUUUCAUGUACCUUUAUUUGUCGUGACUUGGCCUACAGUAUGUAUUCAGAUUGUUUUUAUUGUGUAUUUACUGAACUGCUUUGUGCCUCGUGUCUGUGAAACUCCCUGUAAACUCACAGAGGACGAAUCCUUUUUACCUCUCAGCUAACAUCUUGUGAGGUGGAAAAUAAAACCUCAGUAGCCAAUUUGUUGUUUCGCUAUUUGCAUCAAAAAGUGGUGAGAGUGCCUCUUUUAUGCUACGGGGACUUUAUUGUUUGGUGCUCUACUUUUUCAGAUUAAAUUCAAAAUUGUUUAAACAGGAUAUACUUCUAACCCAA